GAGUAGACGAAAACAGUGCUUUCUCCGGCCACCGCUGCGCGGUCAAUCCUUGGUUUGUGACGUCAUGCUAUUAUUCGAUACUAUUCAGCUGAUGAUUGUAAAUAGAGCAACUUUCAAGUCAGCCGUGGCGAUUUAAACCCUUUUCCACCGACUAACCGUGCCCAUUCAACUCAAUUAGGCAAAUUCAGCCGUAAAGAUUGACUCUGUUUGGGGGUGGGUGCUGCCCCCGUUGCGGCUGCAGGGGUCCUUUGGCCAAGGGGCGCAAGCCAUGGGUGACCUGAUGAUGGGCGAGCGGCCGCCGUCGCCCGCACGGCUCGCCCACACGUCAGACAAACACCCGCGGGCCGUUCUGACAGAGCUGAACGUGCUGCGACGACACCGCGAGUUGUGCGACGUCGUGCUCAAUGUCGGCAAUCGCAAGAUCUUCGCCCACAGGGUCAUCUUGAGUGCGUGCAGCCCUUACUUUAGGGCUAUGUUCACCAACGAGCUCGCCGAGUCUCGGCAGACGGAGAUCGUGAUCAGGGACAUAGACGAAAACGCCAUGGAAUUGCUCAUCGACUUUUGCUACACAGCACACAUCCAGGUGGAGGAGAACAACGUGCAGACCCUUUUGCCGGCCGCAUGUCUGUUGCAGUUGGCUGAGAUCCAGGAUAUUUGCUGUGAGUUCCUUAAGCGGCAGCUUGACCCAUCCAACUGCCUGGGCAUUAGAGCGUUCGCUGACACGCACUCAUGCCGCGAGUUGCUGCGCAUCGCUGACAAGUUUACUCAACACAACUUCACUGAGGUGAUGGAGAGCGAGGAAUUCUUGCUCCUGCCUGUCUCGCAACUUGUCGACAUCAUCUCCAGUGAUGAGCUCAAUGUGCGCACAGAGGAGCAGGUCUUCAGCGCGGUCAUGGCCUGGCUCAAGUUCAAUGUUGCUGAGAGGCGGCAGCAUUUGCCACAAGUACUUCAACAUGUCCGUCUGCCUCUUCUAAGUCCCAAAUUCCUCGUUGGAACAGUCGGCUCAGAUCUGCUGGUGCGUUCUGACGAGGCCUGCCGUGAUCUCGUAGAUGAGGCCAAGAACUACCUACUCUUGCCCCAGGAGAGGCCUCUGAUGCAAGGACCCCGAACCAGGCCUAGAAAACCCACAAGGCGGGGCGAAGUUCUGUUUGCUGUCGGUGGUUGGUGCAGCGGUGACGCUAUCGCAUCGGUAGAGAGAUUCGACCCUCAGAGUGGCGAGUGGAAAAUGGUGGCGCCGAUGAGUAAGCGGCGGUGUGGUGUUGGGGUUGCUGUGCUCAACGACCUCCUUUACUCGGUUGGAGGCCAUGAUGGCCAAUCAUAUUUAAACUCAAUUGAGAGGUACGACCCUCAAACAAACCAGUGGUCAUGCGAUGUGGCUCCCACUACUUCAUGCAGGACCAGCGUCGGGGUGGCAGUCCUUGAGGGUUUUCUCUACGCCGUGGGGGGUCAAGACGGAGUGCAGUGUCUGAACCACGUGGAGAGGUACGACCCCAAGGAGAACAAGUGGAGCAAGGUGGCGCCGAUGACCACGAGGAGGCUCGGCGUUGCAGUGGCUGUGUUGGGAGGUUACCUCUAUGCAAUUGGUGGAUCUGACGGGCAGUGCCCACUUAAUACAGUUGAGAGGUAUGAUCCGCGGCAAAACAAGUGGACAGCCGUUUCGCCUAUGUCAACCCGCAGAAAGCAUCUUGGCUGCGCUGUGUUCAACAAUUUGAUCUACGCGGUGGGCGGACGCGACGACUGCAUGGAGUUGUCAAGCGCUGAGCGCUACAAUCCGCACACCAACACCUGGAGCCCAAUUGUUGCGAUGACCUCUCGGCGAUCGGGCGUUGGCUUAGCGGUGGUCAACGGCCAGCUAUACGCAGUAGGGGGCUUCGACGGAACGGCCUACCUCAAGACCAUUGAGGUUUACGAUCAGGAGCAGAACCAGUGGCGUCUCUGCGGCGCAAUGAAUUACAGGAGGCUCGGUGGUGGCGUCGGAGUCAUGAGGGCACCUCAAACUGCGGAGCAAAUUCCUUUUUUCUGUGAGGCGAGAAGAGGGGCUGGAAACAGUUGAUUGCAAGCGCCCAAGACUGUCCCACCUCCUCCGAUAACGAUGAUAGCGGAGACAAGGAGGAGGAAUCGUCUUUUGGCAUGGUGUUGUCUGGCGUAAUCUUGGAUUCCUGUUGUACAUAUGGUUUUAGAUCGAGACUCUCUAUUGAUUUGGAAGUGUUGGAAAGAAAAUAAUUACUCAUUCAAAUUUUAACUGUGCUGAAGUCAGGUGAUCUGACUAUUCAAGGAGCUUUAGACUUGAAAUUGAUAUUUAUUUGGUAAGCUUCAGCUUGAUAUUUAUCUGCUUUCCCUAAGUCCAAGUCCCUUUAAAGUUAGAUCCAGUCAACGCCAAAGCACGCAUUUUAUUUUAUUAUUUCGCUUGGUUAAAUGAAUGGCACCAAUAAAUAUAUGCACAAGUUAUACAAGAGAACAA